AUGACCGCGCCUCCAAUACAGCAGCCUCCGAGUGCUCCGCAGCAUUUAGUACAGCCUCAGAGUAGUGGUCUUCACCCACAUCAAGAUAUGCCUUGGCGCAAAGCCCCCCUCGAAGUUCUCAUACACGUCUUCUCGUUCGUUGUAGAUGCAGAACCGCCGUACCGCUCGCACGGCCCGCCCGACGCACAAUUUACGCAUCCGCCUAUCGGAUGGCUUCGCCUGGGACAUAUCAAUUCAGUGUGGAGAAGAGCUCUGCUCGGGAAUGCGUCCUUUUGGGCAAAGAGCAUCGGCGUAUAUGCGCGUGCCAUGCACGAAAUGCUCAUGCGCGCGGGCCCGUCAGCGCUAUUGCGAGUGGAGCUUCCCUUCUCUCACGGUUUACCCACCGAGUCUGGACUGGCAGAACUGCUGCAGGCGUGCCGGGACGAUCAAGUGGCACUUCUCAAUCGCCUGCAAGCGCUGAUCAUUGAAAACGACGUUAAUCCUGCCGGGCCAGAGCUUGAAGAAGCGUCCACGUUAUUCACCUCCCCGCUACCCGAACUGCAGGAGCUCGAGCUAUCGUUUAGUCACUUCUCAGAGCCUUACAAAAAAGAUCUCAACAAGACCCUCGACGCACCCAAGUUACAAAAGAUAUCCUUGCUGAACUGCUGUUUCACCGGAGUCUGGCUGGCUCCUGCCCUGGCGUCGCUACAGAUCGUGAUGCGCCGGCGGCCAAUGUAUCAAUGGAUCGCGUCUCCCGAGUACAUUCUCGGCGUCCUCGACGCCUGUAAACAUACACUGCGUCGUGUUCACCUUGAAAAUGUUUUUUGGGACGAUCGCCCUGCUGAGGAGCUCCGCAUCGCCACCAGGACCGAUAGAGUGUACCUACCACACUUGACCAGUUUAUACCUGUCGGAUUUCGCCGGGGAGGCAGCUGUGUUUCUUACGGGCCUGGCACUCCCUCCUACUGCUCGUGCAAAAGUCGAGGUGUCCAAACACCGCCUGCGUUCGGACCAGGCCGGCACCACAGUCUUUCAAGAGCUCGUUCGCGCAGCCCUUGGCGAACAUCCUGGCCGCUUCAACGCGCUUCGUAUGCACGACGAUGAUCGCGAUCCCACCAACCCGGACGACGGAUUCGAUAUCGAUCUGUACGAGCUCCCUUCGGAGACGAAGGAGCACCAUUGCGCCUGGUUUGCAGGACUACAGCCCGCUGUGUCGUUUCACAUCGAAUGCGAUGGAUCUCCCUACCUCAUCUAUCCCUACAUUCGCGACGACUUCACCGAAGACAUCUUGGUCCCUGUGCUCAGUGAGCACGUGCCGGAUAUCCAAAAACUCGCUUUUGCUCUGGGCGAGGUUCAGAACUUUGAAGACGAGGGUGAACCUGAGAGUCAUGUCGGGCAUAUCAUGGACUACGCUGCCGGAGCGACGACCGUUGCGAUCGAAGAUCCGUAUGCGUAUGGAUGUCCUGUGAUGGGUGCUUUCAGCGAGUGGGAGCGGCUCAGUUGUGUCGACACUCUGUGCAUCUUAUACCGGGUUCGGGAUAAGGGAAAAAAAGUGGACUCUUGGGGUUUGAGCAAUGACUUGGGCAAGCGCGCCUCGACGAUUCCGACGGUACAUAUCGAUCAGGCAUGA